AUGACAAAGCUGAAGUUGGUCGUCAACUGGGCGAAGAACGAAAAAGUUAAGUACCCCGUGCAGAUCUCUCGUGUCUUUGGAUACAGUCGUCAAGACGAAUUUCAUGCAUUUCGUGGAGAGUACAACGCCAAAUCCAAGCGUGUGUGCCAAGCUAUAUACAAGAGGUCAAGGGAGAGAAAUAUGCUUCGUUACAGAGCAACACGAACAUUCAGAAGACCCCAAGUAGGCGAGUCCCUCCUCAAGACCUUACACGAAAGAAGCAUCAACGAGUAUGCUCUGAAUUUUUCACCUUUUCUCUACAUGCUUCUGAACAUUCGGGAGUUUCCCCUGUUGAUGGAAUGUUUUGGUGAAGAAGACGAUGUUUAUGAUGAGGUUGAAUUGCAAGAUGACCUUUCUGAUGAAAUACAGUAGACGGAAUCUCUCGUAUAUUCAUCAGGAUGCUACAGGAUGAGGAUGAACUGGGAACUAUUUUGGAAAUCAUGGUUCGGCUGACUGCUUUUGACCUUCGAGCGGAGCGCGGUACAAGUGAAGAUGCGGAUGACAAUGAAGAAGACGAGCUAUCGGAAGAGGACCAUGCCGUGGAGAGUCGUGAUAGUACCGACUCUUACCCUGUGUUGCAAGUUGCCGGGAAAGUUCGGAGAGUUUUGGAUGCAAUCAAGUUCUUUAUUGUAUAUGCCGUGUUUUGUACUGCAGAUGGCAAUGAGCCCUUUGACGAGGACAAUUGUGCGCCAAUGUGGAGCUGGAUAAAGAGCGUGUACAACGACGUGAGAGCAGAGGAGAAGAUAUACUCCAACUAUGAUAUAAAGCUUUGCGACCCAGAUGGAGUGAUUGUAUCGGGGAAGCUAUUUAAUAGGAGGUAUAUCCAAGACUUCUACUAUGGAGUGCGAGGAGAGUUUGACGAGCUACUAAAGGAGCUAGACGACAUCUUUUACAUGCCAAAUCCCCAAAAUGUGGGAGCUAUGAUCCUAGACGACCGUACCAUCAACUUAGCCGAGACAAAAAUAAAGAAUAGCCGGUCUCUGUUGAACUUGGUACCAGAAUAUGCCAAAAGAAAACUACUUCCAUUGAAACGCCCAACCUGCAUUCUUUCUGCGGAAGCUAUCAAGGGAAAGGUGAUCAACACUAUCGACAAAAUGACCGAACUGCUAAUGUGGAUGGUUUAA